AUGAGUGUCACAAUUGAAUCUCCGUCACUGCAAGGCGGAUCGUUAUCGGAAAAGAAACCGGAGUACAUCGACCUCAAAAAUAUUGGAGAGCAUGCCCGGACCGUACAGCCAUUUAAAGUUUCGAAACACCAACCUCUCAUUCAGGGGUCAGUGUCGAAAGAAGCUGCAAUCGCCACCCAUUCUGCUCUUCACUUUAACCUAACACCGGAGAAAGAGAAGAAAAUCCGUGAGAUGUACGACCGACUUGAUGCAGACAACGACGGAAGUAUCGACAUUCGGGAUCUCACCCAAGCACUUGCUUCUCAGACACCCCACAUUCCAACUGCAAUGGCACCAAAACUUCUUGCCAAAAUGACACCGGAGAACAGCGACAGAGUCACCAUCGCCGAUUUCACCAACUAUGUGUUAGCUCACGAAGCACGGUUAGCAGAAGUAUUCGAUCAAAUCGAUUCUAAUCGGGACGGAGAAGUGGAUAUGUCUGAGAUCAAAAGUUACUGCAAAGAGUUGGGAGUGAACCUGGAUGAUCAGAAGGCCAUGAGUAUUGUGAAAAAAAUGGAUCAAUCCGGGUCGUCAUCUGUUAACCUCAACGAGUUCCAAGAUUUCAUGCUUUUGUACCCGUCUACCGAUAUGCGAGAGAUGGUGGAUUUCUGGCGCCACAACUUGAUUAUCGAUAUUGGAGAAGAUGGUCAAGUCCCCGAAGAUUUCACCCCCCAGGAAUUGCAAUCUGGAGUAUGGUGGAGGCACUUGGUCGCUGGAGGUGUUGCUGGAGCAAUGUCUCGAACAUGUACAGCUCCAUUCGAUCGCAUCAAAGUUUAUCUACAGGUCAACUCAACUAAAACCAACAAACUCGGAGUAGUGAGUUGUGUGCAUCUACUUCAUGCUGAAGGAGGAAUCAAGUCGUUUUGGAGGGGGAAUGGUAUCAAUGUCAUCAAGAUUGCUCCGGAAUCCGCGAUGAAGUUCAUGAGUUACGAUCAGAUAAAGAGAUGGAUUCAGGAAUACAAAGGUGGAGCGGAGUUAACGACAUAUGAGAGAUUGUUUGCAGGGUCAUCAGCCGGAGCCAUAUCGCAAACUGCCAUCUACCCUAUGGAGGUUAUGAAGACAAGGUUGGCACUUCGUAGGACGGGUCAAUUGGACAAAGGAAUGUUUCACUUUGCUCACAAGAUGUAUAUGAAAGAGGGUAUAAAAUGUUUUUACAAGGGUUACGUGCCGAACCUCCUUGGAAUUAUACCAUACGCUGGAAUCGAUCUGACAGUGUACGAAACAUUAAAGGCAGCUUACACCAACUACUACACGGAACACACCGAGCCAGGUGUAUUGGCACUACUUGCUUGUGGUACUUGUAGUUCAACAUGUGGACAAUUAGCCAGUUACCCACUUGCAUUAGUACGGACACGACUCCAAGCACGUGCGAUUUCUCCACGAAACUCCACUCAGCCAGACACAAUGGUUGGACAGUUCAAGCAUAUUCUUCAAAACGAGGGAUUUACUGGAUUGUACCGAGGAAUCACACCGAAUUUCAUGAAGGUCAUCCCCGCUGUAAGCAUCUCCUAUGUCGUUUACGAGAAAGUGCGGAAACAUCUUGGCGCCACUAUGUCAUAG